CUGUCCUGUCACUGGCCAUGAAGAACACGUGGGGUUUGUUUACAUUCGAUCGCUCGGCCCCGACUUCGCAGGUUCCCCCGAAGUCGAACUGCAAGGAUUACUGUGGAUCAUGGGGAAGCAUCAGUCCAUUUCGUAAAGAGGACUGCUAAGUGUAAUCCAGCCAAGACAUUCAGGCAUACUAAACCACCCACUGUAGGGACUUACUUGUCUUGGUCCUGGGUCAGCUGCUGUUGAUGGUGGUAGAAAGAGUGAAAGGCUGAAAGCACAGGAACCUUAGCUUUCAAGAGCACGACUUGGAUUUGAACCAUCGCAAUGGAGUCUGGGCUGGUGGGAUUACGUGCUGAGUUGCAGAAGAAGAGGGAUGAAGCAAAUAGACACCCGCCAGGCCAGAGAGGAAGAGAGAAGCUGGCAGUCAAGCCCAAGUCAUACUCUUCCUCUAAUGCUGGAGUGAGUGACCGUGCAUCAAAAGAUGUGGAACAGCGGCAGGCAGAGGAGAGAACUGAAGAGACGGCCAGGCAAGUGCUGGAGAGGAAGGCUGCCAUGUAUGACAAGCUUCACCAAGGCACUGAGGUAUUGGAGGACGACCACCUGAACCAGAGAUUCCUUGUUAACUUCCAGAAAAAGAUUGUAAAUGAUGUAAUGGAUAGAAAGAAGACAAGAGAGGAGAAGGAGAAGGCAAGGAAGAACCUACAGAAGAACACAGAGGAAGCCAAUCCUGACGAAUAUAAGGCAGAGGAUGAGGACCAGGAAUGGGUGGAGUACACUGAUGCAUUUGGCCGCACAAGAGAAUGUCUGAGGUCAGAGUUGCCAGAGAAGCUGGAGCAGGAUAAGCAACUGUCCCGAGACAUAAACCCACAGGAAAAAGAAGCAGAGGAAGAGGCACCCCUGGAUCCUCACUCUGUAGAGGACCUGUAUCGAGAGGCAAGGCGGAAAAAAUGGGAGGCAGAGGAGGAGCUCAAUGCUAGCAAGAAGGAUCUCCACUACCAGGAUGUUCUAUAUGAUGAGGCUCGCACCCAUGGGGCUGGAUUCCUCAAAUUUUCAAAGGAUGAGAAGGAGCGCAAGGCUCAGAUGGAGCAACUCAGGGACCUGCGGGUGGAGACAAAACAGGCCGAGGCCGUCACAUCUGCCAAAGCUGCUAGGAAACGGAAGGCUAUGAUGGCACGGCUGGAGAAAGUCAGGCAGAGGAAGAGACUUAAAAUAGGUCUGCCUAUUAAAGAUGAUGAUAGGCUGAAAACUCCACCUGGGUCAGAGGAUGAGGAAGAGGAGGAGGAUAAAGUAGUGGAUCCAACUCCCACUCCUCCUUCCCCUCCACCCAGGAAGAAGGUGGGUGGUGUAAGGGAGUGGGACCUGGGUAAGGAGGGAGUUACCUCCACUCUCACUCAGGAGGAGUGGGUCCUGCGCCAGAGGUCUCAGCGGUCCCAAGAAUUUGCUCCACCAUCAAGCUAUCAACCCAGAGCAGGCAAAAGCCACGGGCAUGCAGGCCCUUCUCAGAGUCAGUCAUAUGAGGACACAAUGAGGGAGAGCCCUCCACCAGAUCCAAAAGAACCCUUAAGAGACAAACGUGUUCCAGAGUUUGCACCACCAGCAACACAUGACUACUAUGGCCCUUCAACAACCAAGGGCAGGAGGCCUCAGAAGAGCACCUCUGAUGUGGAGGCUGCCAUCAGUAAAGGCCUUGCUCACCUGCGAAAGUUGAGUGACCAGUGACACUUAUGCAGUCACAUUUAUUCUCCUCACACCUGUCAGAAAACUUAGACCAGCCAGGUGUAUUAAGUUUUGUUGAGGAGGCUCUUGUGUAUCGCCUUUUUAAUAAGGGCAGUGGUGAUAUGUCUAUACAUAUACUACAGGUAAGGCUGAACAUUGUGACCUUUGUGGAAUAGAUAAUGAUUGAUUUUGUCAGUUAACACGUUAUCUCUCACUCACUUUACCAAGCGCAAUUGAACAAAGGUAAAAUAUUAAAAUGUUGCAAUGUUCCAGAAAAGUAGACAAUUUUAACAAUGUAAAGUGAUCUAUUUAGAAUUAUGCAUCAUCAUCCUGUAGUAAAAGUCAAUAUCAGCAAACGGCAAUGUUAUGAAAUUCUCUCCCAAGUCAUCAAGGAAUGUCUAAAUAUAAUUUACCCCCAAAAGCUAUAAACUAAUUUUAUAAAUGUAUUCAUAGCAAAUUUUGUGAUUCCUAAAUACAUGUGCUCAGCACUAAUUAAUAUGUACAGU